GAACUCCCACCUACCACAGUCACUUCAUCCACCCACUUAACUCCAUUGUUAUGCCUGUACAUUCAGUUUGUUUGAAUGGUAAAUUAUAUGUUGAAUCUCUAUUUCAUAACUUGAAGUCUUCAAAUCCAUCACCACACAAACUCUUGCACAUUGUCUUUGAGUUAACGAAUAAGCAGAACAGGCAGUUCAGCACCAAAACAGACAGCCGGACCUCAACCGGUCGUCCGGGGGGACAACCGGGCGGCCAACCUGUGAGUCACCUGGGCAGAUUUCAGCCUCUUUUAAAGCCCUCUCUUCGACUGUCUCUCGACCCUAUCUCUGCCCCUUUCUAUAUCUUCAACUCUCAAAGCCCUCAAACCCAAAACUCUCAAAUCCCUCUUUCGAAUCACAUUCUUGUGAAUAUCAGAAAAAGGCCAUGGCUUCUAGAACCAAGAAACCUAGAGCAAGAGAAACGGGACAAUCCUCAAACCCUCAACAAGAAUAUCCCACAACUAAGUUCCUGUCCUUGGCUCAUGAAAAAGCUUUUCCCGCCAUGCUCAGCAGGUCUAUCAUUUCAGGUAGAAGAGUAAAUCUUGCCCCAAAAUAUGAUGCUCUGUUGGUCAAUAAGCUUGCAGCCAUGGGAUGGCAAAAUUUGGUAAAUUUGCCUCAGAAGGUAUAUCCACGUCUCGUGUCUCUCUUCUAUCUACAUUUCAAACAUACGAAUGAAGAAGAGGAAGACUACACUGUUAUAUCAUAUGUUAAAGGAAAACAUAUUGAAUUUAACAUCCCAACUUUGGCACAAAUUCUUGGAGUUAAGCAAAGUGAAAAUAAAAUUUAUUUCCAAACUGAUGCUCAAAUGGCUCAAGUGGUUGGUGAUAUUUCUAAGGUUUAUUCCACUAUUUGCAUUGACAAAGUGACUGGUUCCAAUUUACAUGCCAAACACCUAAAACCUCAUCUUCGCAUUCUCCAUCGAUUUUUAUUAGAGAAUGUCACUCCCAAGGCCGGUCACUAUGAUGCUGUUCCAACUUUUAACGCUUACCUGCUUUAUUGUUUUGAAGUUGAACAGAGUGUGGAUUUGAGCUUUAUAAUUAUGAGAGAAAUGGAUCUUGUCUCUAUCACUCGGGGAAAAUCAUUAGCUUUUGGAGCACUUCUGACCCACAUUCUAAAGCACUUUAAAAUCAAAUUUUUGGGUGAGGCGGAAUCAAAAGUAGAUUCUGAUAUUUCAGAAUAUACACUCAACCGAGCUGGAGGCGGUGAUGUAUUACUUAAUAGUCUAAAUGCUCCGGAUGCACCAAUGGAGGAUCCUGAAGAACAUCAUCAGGAUGCCAUGCCACCACCUCAGCCGCCUGCUUUUUGGACUGAUUUUAUGGCCAUGGAACAAGAACGGUACAAUCAAAGACUUCAAUGGGAACAGCAAAUGGCCACUCAAAUGGCUGAAUUCGGAAAUGCUCAAAAUUCUUUGAUUCAACUGUUUGGUGACUUUUGGAUGGACAAUAACCAUCGACAUCAAGAACUGAACACCCGCAUUGAUCAUAUUGAGCACCGAGUGGAUGCUAUUUAUCAGUACUACUUCCCUCCACCACCACCUGAUUCUAAGUAGUGCCAACCUUUUCACCUAUAUUUUUCACCCUCUUUGAUUUUGAUAAUGUUAGAGGGGGAGAAAAAGAGUAGGAUGUUUUCCUCAGGGGGAGAGACAUGGACACAUUGGCUCUAUUUUUAUUUUAAUCUUUCUAGUUAGUUGUUUUGGUAUCUUAACCUUUGCAAACUUUAAAUUAUCCUAACUAUCUUAGUUUGCUUUACUCAUGUUUUUCCUAAAUUAUCAUGCUAUGCUUAUUGAUAAUCAUGUCUUACAGGUUAUUGAUAUUAAUUGCUAUUGUGCUAACAUGUUUUAUCUAUUUAGAAUAAGCAAUCAUUCAGGGAGAGCAUGACUUGAGAUGGAGUUUUUCUUCACUCCAAACAAAUCAAAACAUACUUGAGUGCCAUCAUAAAAAAAAGAGAGAUUGUUAGAAAUAAUGAAUUUUGAUGAUUAUUAAUAUAUUUUUUUGAUUUAUUUUAAAAUGUCGAUUAUAAUUGAAAUCUUAUCAUCUAAUUUAUUCAUCAUAAUUUACCCUCUCUUGAUCUUAUUUACAUUCAUUGGAGACCAAAAUUAAAGCUUAAACAGACAAUGAACCAAGCAACUAAAGCAGUAGCAGAAGCAACAAACAAAGGAGGUUGGUGGUCAACCGGCUGGUUGUCCGGUCGACCGGGGGGUCAACCGGUGGUGCAUUUUGGUCCAGUUUUGCACACAAAGAGAGCUUGUCGACAGUGGCCAUCACCCUACUCGAUCGAGACUUGACUAGUUGACCGGGAGGACGACUAAGAGGACAACUGGUGGAACAACCACUCAAUGUAAAUGUUCACUCUGGACAUCAGGUGGACGACCACACUACACAGAGCUCACUGAAUCAGACAGAUGCUGAGAGCUGAAAAAGAAUGAUUUUGUAUCAUUCAUCCAUCAUUCAAUGAGCAAAACUCACAUGGGCAGUAGAGAUUCUCUUGACAAAGUUUUAUUUAUUAUCUCACCCAUCAUCAUCCCAUCUCCUCAACGGGAAGAAGAUGAUGGGCUUGUCAGAGAAAGCAAAGCAUUGAACUCUGUUAUAUACAAAGCUCUGCAGUAAAGAGCAGAAACAACAGAAAGCAGAACCACGAGCUAGAAAAUCGGUCUCAUUCUUCAUCAAUCUCCUACUCUUUAUUCUUUGAGAAUCUGAAGAGUUCUUCAUUCUUGUUCCAUUUUUCUUCAGCAAUCAUACACCGAGCUUAAGCUUUAUGCUUAUCAACCUUUGAGAGGUUUUACAGAAAAAUCUAAGAUUUAAUAUCUUAUAUUUUUCUGUGAGAGAUUUUCCUUAUAGCUUUCUUGGAGAGCAAAAACCUUCAUCACAAUAUUAUAAGAGUGUAGUACACUCAUCUUUCUUGAUUCCUUGAGAGAUUGAGAAUCACCUAAGGUAUGCAAGGUUCUGAAGACUUGAA